GAAAUUUAAUCGAGACUGGGAAUUUUGGUCUGGACCCGGAUGGUGGAAAGGUCGGCUGAGUGGUACGGGAGUGGAAAUUUGCUAGCUUGAUGAAGUUUUGAGAAGCAAUAAUUAGUCGGGUAUUCCAAGAAUCCAUCGACGGAGGGGUGGGAAGAAUGGGGUUAUCCAUCAUCUUCUCUCUCUCUCUCUAGCUUUUUGAUGAAGCCUUGUGUGAGAGAUAAAAAAAAAUCCACCUUGGGGGAUAAAUAAUGGCUACUGUGUAAUUGAAUUGAUUCCUAGCAGAGAGAGAGAGAGAGGGAUUAUUGAAAGACUCCCCCAUUAACUCCAAGCUCACAGCUUUCCUCACUGAAAAUCCCCAAACACCCCCAAAAUAUGCUUCCUCAAAUGUCAGUCCCGAGCUCCCACAAGCACCGUCCACUCUCUCCGUAAGCUCACCCUUCAGCUCACAUUCUUCUGCUCAGCUCAAUUUCGGGAUCUGAGCGUCCCCCCUUUCUAGGGUUUGCAGGCAUCAGGGGUGGUCUUUAGUUCUGUUUGUGUGCUGGGGGCAAGUGUUCGAGUUGGGUAAGGGUUGACAGGGAUCUGGGGCGUAUGAGGGUUGGGGAGCUCGGGCUCUGUAUUGGGACCGGCUUCGGAUGAUUCUUGAAGGGGUGGUAGCAUGGUUUGGUGAAGCCAUGGGGUUGCAUUUCUCUGUUGAAUGUGUUCACCUAGGGUUUUAGGGUAGCUUGUUUUGGGAUAGAAGGUGGGGUUUUACUGUAGUUAGGAAGAAAGUGGAGUUCUGUUUUGGAGGAUGAGACUGUCUCCAGCUGGGUUCAGUCACCAGCCUCAGGAAGGGGAGAAAAAAUGUUUGAACUCUGAGCUGUGGCAUGCUUGUGCCGGCCCUCUUGUUUCGCUGCCUCAAGUUGGAAGCCGAGUAGUGUACUUUCCACAAGGACACAGUGAACAGGUGGCUGCUUCUACAAACAAGGAAGUUGAUGCUCACAUUCCCAAUUACCCAAGUUUACCACCACAACUCAUCUGUCAGCUUCACAAUGUUACUAUGCAUGCAGAUGUGGAGACAGAUGAAGUCUAUGCUCAAAUGACACUGCAGCCACUUAGUCCGCAAGAGCAGAAGGAUGUAUAUUUACUGCCAGCAGAGUUGGGUGCUCCCAGCAAACAACCGACAAACUACUUUUGCAAGACAUUGACUGCCAGUGAUACGAGCACGCAUGGAGGAUUCUCUGUCCCUCGUCGGGCAGCAGAAAAAGUCUUUCCUCCUCUUGAUUACACUCAGCAGCCUCCAGCUCAAGAAUUAAUUGCUAGGGAUCUUCAUGAUAAUGAAUGGAAGUUCAGACAUAUAUUCAGGGGUCAGCCCAAAAGGCAUCUUCUUACUACGGGCUGGAGUGUAUUUGUAAGUGCCAAGAGACUCAUUGCUGGAGAUUCUGUGCUUUUUAUCUGGAACGAAAAGAAUCAAUUGCUUCUUGGAAUUCGACGAGCAAAUCGUCCUCAGACUGUGAUGCCUUCAUCAGUCCUAUCUAGUGAUAGCAUGCACAUUGGUCUUCUUGCAGCAGCAGCUCAUGCAGCUGCCACAAAUAGCCGUUUUACUAUCUUUUACAACCCAAGGGCAAGUCCAUCUGAAUUUGUCAUACCACUUGCAAAGUACGUCAAAGCUGUCUAUCACACCCGUGUGUCUGUCGGAAUGCGGUUCAGGAUGCUGUUUGAGACAGAGGAGUCUAGCGUUCGUCGAUACAUGGGGACGAUAACUGGCAUCAGUGAUCUGGAUCCUAUUCGCUGGCCAAACUCACAUUGGCGCUCGGUCAAGGUCGGGUGGGACGAGUCCACUGCAGGGGAGAGACAGCCGAGAGUGUCGCUAUGGGAGAUUGAACCCUUGACGACAUUCCCUAUGUAUCCUUCUCCCUUCCCCCUUCGAUUGAAGCGACCGUGGCCUUCUGGUCUACCUUCUUUUCAUGCUCUCAAAGACGGCGAUAUGAGCAUUAACUCUCCCUUGAUGUGGCUCCAAGGUAGCGUCGGGGAUCAGGGGAUUCAGUCGUUCAACUUCCAGGGAUUCGGGAUGAACCCAUGGGUGCAGCCCAGGCUAGAUGCUUCUCAUCUGACAGGCUUGCAGCCUGAUGUUUACCAAGCAAUGGCCGCGGCCGCUCUUCAGGAGAUGAGAGCUGUGGAUUCUUCCAAAUCUGUUUCUCCAUCCCUUCUUCCUCCACUCACGCAAACUCAAAGCACAUCGUUCCAGAGGCAGCUCUUGCAGCAGUCUCAGCCUCAGAGCACUUUCGUUCAGGGCUUUCCGGAAAGUCAGGCCUCUGCUCAAGCCCAAGCUCAAGCUCAGCUUCUGCAGCAGCAGCUGCAACGUCAGCAUUCAUUUAUUGAACAACGGCAGCAUCUUCAACAGUCGCAGCAGCAGCAGCAGCUUCAACAGUCGCCGCAGCAGCAGCAGCUUCAACAGUCGCCGCAGCAGCAGCUUCAACAGUCACAGCAGCAGCAGCAGCGGCUUCAACAGUCACAGCAACAGCAGCAGCACCGGCUUCAACAGUCACAGCAACAGCAACAGCAGCAGCAGCAGCAGCAGCUGCUUCAACAGCCACAGCACCAGCAGCUUCAACAGUCACAGCAGCUCAGUCAAGUCUCCAUCCAGCAGCAGAUCCCAAGCAUUGUCUCUUCUCUCCCCCAAUAUGCCUCAAGCAGCGGGUCCCAGGCACAGCGGCCACAGACAUUCUCUGAUCGUGUGGGCAGCACAAACAACACCUUAGGCGCGUCUGAUGUUUCUCCAAUGCAGAGCAUUUUGGGCUCUCUGUCCCAUGAUGGAGGAUCCCAUUUGCUCAACGUGAAUGGUCCAAAUCCAACCUGUCCCACCUCUGCAAUGUCUUCCCCUUCACUGAUUCCAAAGCAAAGCUCAGUUGAGGUUGAACCCCUGGUGGUUCCAUCCGUGCCUCUGGUUAAUUCUAGUGUGUCUGAGCUUGCAAGCCUUUUACCUCCUUUCCCAGGAAGAGAAUACUCUGCUCCCACUGCUUAUCAAGGUUCUGCUGCUGACCCACAAAGCAGUCUCUUGUUUGGUGUCAACAUCGAUUCAUCAUCCUAUAUGCUGCAAAAUGGGAUGCAGCAUCUGAGGAGCAUUGGCAGCGAGAAUGAUUCGUUGCCCGUGCCAUUUGCUUCUUCGGAUUUCGCCGCUACUGCAACUGGCACAGAUUUUCCACUUAACUCAGAGAUGACGACUUCAAGUUGCGUUGAUGAGCCAGGUUUCUUGCCAUCCACUGGGCAUGUGGAUCAAGUAAACCCAUCCACGGGAAACUUUGUGAAGGUUCAAAAGUUGGGGUCCUUGGGGCGGUCACUGGACAUAUCAAAGUUCAGCAGCUAUAAGGAGCUUGGAAGUGAGCUCGCUCGAAUGUUUGGCCUCGAAGGCCAACUCGAGGACCCUCAGAGAUCAGGCUGGCAGCUUGUAUUCGUUGACCGGGAGAACGACAUCCUUCUCCUUGGCGACGGACCUUGGCAGGAAUUUGUUAACAACGUAUGGUAUAUCAAGAUAUUGUCCCCACUGGAAGUGCCGCAGCUGGGCAAGGAAGGCCUCAGCCCAGCAGCCUCACUCCCAAGCAACCACAGGCUUUCCAAUGGCAACAGAACCGCCUCUGAGGAAUACGUUUCCCGACAAGAACUAAGGAACAUGAACAAUGGAAUAGCUUCAAGAGGAUCUCUUGAUUACUAAUAAAGCAAGAGUCGCCCCUCAGAGGCGAGCCGAGCUAAAAGGGGAAGCAGAGAAUCGAGUAUAAUAGGCCACCAUCUUAUAUGGUAUAUUUCUUUUAUGUGCAAACUCUUAGUUUAUAUAUUUAUACUUAGUAUGCGUCCUGAGAGAUGUUACGGGAAUGGGAUGGAAGGAUUGCUCGUAAACGCCUGUAAUUCAGCUUAUAGCUGUAUAUUAUAAAUCGGAGAAACUCUACUCUCUUUACUCUGGAUUUUGCGGUACUUUUGAAUGUGAGGAACCUGCACGGAGAACUGACAAUUUGACAUCGAAGCAAUCUAUUGUUGCU